UUGUCCGAUACUCACCGCUGAACGUCAUUUCAAAUUUCCCAUUCAGAUUUCAGUUUCCUGUCGAAAAUUCCCCAAACUCUCUACACACUCUUUUCGCUUCCCUUAAUUUUGCUACGGUUGGCGAUUACACCAUCAGAAGCAGAGCGAAGAAGAAAUGGAGGACGAUCUCUUCCUGAUAGAGAUUUCCGGCGCCGACGAUUCCUUCCUGCAGAACAACGCCGACGACGCUCCUUCCUAUUUCUCUUGCUCCCCAUUCCACUUCCCCAGAUCUAAGCCGCCUCUUCCAAAUGAAAUUGAGGUUCAGUUCAUAAAUGCUAGUUAUUUAUUAUUUUAUUAUUAUUAUUGUUAAUCAAUUAUUUCAUUGUCUUUCAAUUCUUUUGUUGAGUGGGAAGGGGGAGGAUCCUGGGUUUGGAACAUUGAACGUGGGGGUGUCUCCCUCUUUAAGGCAGUGGGCAAACCAACUGCUCCAGGCGUGGUGGUUUUUUGUGGCCAAAAGGCAUGGAGUUCUUAAAAUACCACAUCUCAUACUUUCUAAUUAUAAUAGCCCGGCAAGGAAGUUAUUGCUGAACUGGCAGCAGGUGCAAUCUAGAUUCAGUUUGAUGAGUCCACCCUUGGCCUGAAUUUCACCAAUUGGAAGCAUUUACUCAUUUUGACUUAGAGCUAGAAUAUUCUCUAUCUGGCUGCAGGUGUUGCUUGAGAUAUACUUUGCUGAUGUUACUGGUGAAGCAUACAAAGACACUCACAUAUUUGAAGUGUGCCUCUGGAUUUAGAUUUGAUCCCAUCCACGGUAUAAAACACUUUUUGACUUAUUAAGGGUGGAUUUCCUUUAGGCAAACUGCAGUUUGCUGGAGUGGUUGAUGGAAAGAACAUUUGAGCUGAUGAUCUUGCUCCUUCUCUCUGUGUCCUGCAGACUCUUGAGGACAUCCUUGCAAAGGUUGUGGUCUCUAUAUCAUGCACACUGCUCCACACCAUAAUUGACAUGGUCAAUGAAACUAAGUUGGACAAAGAAGAGUUCAAGUCUUGGCUUGCAUUCAUUGCACAAAAAUUGCUCAAAGCCAAAGCAUUGGUUGGCCUGGUACAUUUUUUCUGAUGCUUUCUGAAAUUUCUUAACCUUUGUGUUACCUUGUCCUCAAUGAUAAAACUAUCAAUCACCUUUGCUCUAAUGAUAAAAGUAAAUGCAUUGUUCAUGU